CACAGAUCUUGACCGUUGUACUUCGUCAUUCUCAUGCUCCAGUUCUGCUUUUAAAUGAUCCGAUUCACAAAUGAAAGAAACUAAUUUUUCAUCAUCAGUGGCCUCAGGUGGGUGAUGACAUCAUGAGUCGGUGGCGUCGUUCGGUGGACGAGCUGGCGGCACGGAACCGGCAGCAGGGCGAGUGCGAGCGUGCUCAGGAGGCUCUCAGUCGGGUCACUUCCUGUUUCCAGCAGCUGGCUGCAUCACUCGGCAGCUCGGCGGACUGCAGCUUCCUGCGAGAUGAGAUGGACGAGACGAGAGUGCUCGCUCACCGGAUCUGCAACGGUCUGUCCCGCCGUCUGAUGCGUCUGCUGUCAGACUGUGACUCCACCCCCUCAGGUGUUGAGGACAGACGGGUGUCAGAGCGUCUGUGGGUUCUCUUCCUGUCAGUUUUGGAGAACUUCCUGUCUGACCUCCGUAGGGCGAGCGAUCUGAUUGGACAGUUCCCUCUGACGCAGUGCUACGACAGACGCUCAUUGGUCAACACAGGAUGUAUCGAUGGCGUGGUAGGUGUGGCAGCCCGGGUGGCUUUGGUGCAGGUGCCGUGGCUCACCCUGGAGGAAGAGCUGAGUCCUGAUCUGACCAAUCACCUUGCAGGACUGGAGGCCAUGCUAAGUGAGAUGCAGCUGAGGGUACCUGUCGCGUUCUGGUCGGUGGAAGCAACCCAGCCAGCCUGGGUCGAAGCUUGUGGUGGGCUAGACGAGCUGGAUGAUAGCCUGGAGGACCUGAUGGAGGUCGAGGUCGUCUCCAACAAGAUGGCCGCCUGUUGCCAGCCGCUGUGCUGCAGUCUGGGCUAUGUCGGUUAGAGGGGGGAGGACGGGGGAGUCACAGUUCAAGUUCACCGCUAACAUCAACAUGAUCUGAUCGGUGUGAACAUGAUGGAAGAAAAAAAGAUUUUCAUAGAAUCUGGAUUGAACUCACUAGACUCUGCUCGGAUAUAAAUGCUAAAUAAACUGAAAGAAUAUUAUCAAUUUUCAGAAGAAAGUUGGAAUAUUUUGAAAAGAAAGUUAGAAUUUUAUGAGAGAAAACCAUAAAAUCCUAUUUUUAUGAGAAAAGGCAGAUUAUUACAAGAGUUGCACUUUCACAAGAAAAAUCAUGUAAUAUAAGGAAAACCAUAAUUUCUGUAAUAAAGUCAUAAUUUA